AUGUUGACAGACGGUGUUGAAGAGCGAGUCAUCAACGAGGAGUAUAAAAUAUGGAAAAAGAAUACUCCUUUCCUCUACGACAUGGUUAUGACUCAUGCUCUGGAAUGGCCAAGUUUGACGGCCCAGUGGUUGCCGGAGGUUACUCGCUCCGAAGGCAAAGAUUAUUCCGUACACCGCUUGAUCUUGGGCACGCAUACUUCCGAUGAACAAAAUCAUUUGCUCAUUGCCAGUGUACUCAUCCCCAACGACAAUGCCCAGUUCGAUCCAAAUAACUACGAUACAGAAAGAGGUGAAUUUGGUGGAUUUGGUGCUGUUACUGGUAAAAUCGAAAUUAACAUAAAAAUCAAUCAUGAGGGUGAAGUGAAUCGAGCUCGUUAUAUGCCUCAAAAUCCUUGUGUUAUCGCCACAAAGACACCGAAUUGUGAUGUUUUGGUGUUUGACUACACGAAGCAUCCGAGCAAACCAGAUCCAUCUGGUUCGUGUCGACCAGAACUCCGAUUACGCGGUCAUCAAAAAGAAGGGUACGGAUUGUCGUGGAAUCCGAAUCUGAAUGGUUAUUUGCUGUCGGCUUCAGAUGAUCACACCAUUUGCAUGUGGGAUAUCAACGCCACUCCAAAAGAGGGACGCAUCAUCGACGCACAGACCAUCUUCACCGGGCACACAAGUGUGGUCGAAGACGUGAGCUGGCAUCCACUGCAUGAGUCCAUUUUUGGUUCCGUUGCGGAUGACAAGAAGCUGAUGAUUUGGGACACGCGAAGUGGCUGCACUACGCGACCUAGUCACACAGUCGAAUCGCAUUUGGCCGAGGUCAACUGUCUAUCGUUCAACCCGUUUAGUGAAUAUAUACUGGCCACCGGUAGUGCCGACCGUACCGUGGCAUUGUGGGAUCUUCGCAGUCUGCAAAUGAAUCAGCUGUACGUGUUUUCGACCUUUUUUGACGUUUUUUCCAUUUGUCAAAUACCCUGUUUUGUGAAUUCUCAUUCCGCUCAGGUUCAAUGGUCACCUCAUCACGAAACCAUCCUAGCCAGUUCGGGAACCGAUCGACGUCUACACGUGUGGGAUUUGAGCAAAAUCGGUGAAGAACAGUCUGCGGAAGAUGCGGAAGACGGACCACCGGAGCUCCUCUUUAUUCACGGUGGUCAUACCGCAAAAAUCUCUGAUUUCUCAUGGAAUCCAAAUGACGCCUGGGUCAUAUGUUCUGUAUCCGAGGACAAUAUCCUGCAAGUAUGGCAAAUGGUAAGCGACGGGUUGUACUGCAGUGAUACCCCCCUCACUUCUGCAUUAACGUCUGGACAUUAUUAG